AUGUCUCCCUUUCUCUUUGCUAUUGGUAUGGAAUACCUCUCCAGAUGCCUUGAUGAGCUUAGGUUAUCUCCUGAUUUUAACUUUCACCCUAGAUGUGAAAAGUUAAACCUAACUCACAUGAUGUUUGCUGAUGACUUAUUGAUGUUUUCUAGAGCUGAUAGUGUUUCUGUUAAGCUUCUCUUCCAAGCCUUCUCAAAAUUCUCAGGUGCCUCUGGGCUUUCUGCUAAUCUUGAUAAAAGUGAAGUCUAUUUUGGAGGGGUCUCUAUUGAUGUACAGAAAGAGUUGAGGGAGCUUUUUGGUGUUUCUCAAGGUACCAUUCCUUUUAGGUAUCUUGGGGUCCCUCUCUCUUCCAAAAAGCUUACUAAUGCUCAAUGUAGGCCUUUGGUGGAGAGGGUCACUGCUAGAAUACAAGGGUGGAUGGCUAAACACUUGUCUUAUGCCGGGAGGCUUCAAUUGGUGAAGAGUGUGUUGUUUGGUAUCCAGACUUAUUGGGCUCAAAUUUUUAUUCUUCCGAAGAAAAUUCUGAAAGAGAUUGAGGCUAGGUUCAGGUGCUUUCUUUGGACUGGAUCCUCUGCCCCUGCUAAGAAGUCUUUGGUUGCUUGGAAUAAUGUCUGUCUUCCUAAAGUUUGUGGUGGAUGGAACUUGCUUUCUCUUCCUAAGUGGAAUAAAGCAGCAGUCACUAAGUUACUUUGGGAUAUUGCUCACAAGGCUGAUAAUCUUUGGGUUAAGUGGGUCCAUAUCUACUAUUUCAAGCAUAAAGAUUGUUGGACCACCCCUACCCCUGCUAGAUGCUCUUGGUUCUUGAAGAAGAUUUUGAGUUAUAGAGAUGUUGUGAAUGAUCAAGGGGGAUGGGAUGGUUUCAUACAAGGAAACAAGUUGAAAAUCAAGAAGCUUUAUGCUGAUAUUAGGCCUCAAGUGCCUAAAGUUCCUUGGAAGAGAGUUACUUGCCAUAACUUAGCAACUCCCAAAAGUAUUUUUAUCUUGUGGCUAGCUUUGUGGAAUAGGCUUGUCACUAAGGAUAGGUUGCUUCAAUGGCACAUCUCUUGUGAUCCAAGGUGUUUCUUAUGUCUGAAUGGCAAUGAAAGUGUUCAGCAUUUAUUUUUUGAUUGUGAAUUCUCUAGGAAGGUUUGGAGCAAGGUGUUGGGUAUUUUACAUGUUUCCAAGCAUGUUCAACAGUUUAGUGAUGAGGUCAAUUGGAUGAAGAAAAUCUGCAAAAGUUCUAGAUUGAAGAAUAAAGUGAUCCAGGUGGCCUUCACUGAAACAGUUUAUGGUAUUUGGAUCCAAAGGAAUGCAGUUCUCUUUACUGGUUGCUGGAAAUCUGUUGAUGCCCUAGUUAGGGAUAUUGUUUUUCAUUCAAUUAUCUGUCUUGUUCUGGUUGCUCGUUUGGCUCUUUUUUUUUUGGUGUUGGGUUCUGAUGGUGCUUUUAUUUACUUGAAGUUGAGAUUCCCGUUGCAUCUUUAUUGUAUUGCUGUUCUUUUUCUACUGACUGUAUCUCUCUGUUUUCUACUGGUUGCUGCUGUCUUCUUUGUUGUCUCUGCACUGCUGGUGCUGUGUUCUACUGGUUGUGCUGCUGUGCACUGCUGA